AUGUCUGGUAUCGCUUCCAAGCCUGUGACGCCACUCAUCAUUAACGGUGAGUCGGUUGUCACCGACAUCAAAUUCGAGGUCAUUGCGCCUGCUACUGGGGACUUGUCCGGCUACUGUGCGGGCGCCUCGGUUGACGAUGCGCAACGCGCUGUUGAUAUGGCACAGGCUGCGUUCCCGGCCUGGGCCAAGACGCAGGCAUAUGACCGACGCGAUAUCUUGCUGCGGGCUGCGGAGAUCAUGGAUUCACGCAAGGAGGAGCUGAUUGCGUACCAGCGCGAGGAAACCGGCGCGGGCCGGCCCUUCUGUGAACACACCUUCAACUUGGGCGUUAGCUUCAUUAAGGAUUUUGCGGGUCGUAUCUCGACUAUCGAGGGUAUCGUGCCCAAUGUCACUCGACAAGGUGAAGGCGCGAUGGUUUACAAGGAGCCAUAUGGUGUGGUUUUGUCAAUUGCGCCCUGGAACGCACCUUUUAUCCUCGGUACCCGUGCAGUAGCCCUGCCCCUUGCGGCUGGAAACACAGUCGUUCUCAAGGGCUCUGAGCUUUCACCUAAAUGCUUCUGGGCUCUGGGUGAUAUCUUCCGUCAAGCUGGUCUGCCAGCUGGAUGCUUGAAUGUCAUCUACCACCAGGUUGCCGAUGCCGCCGCAGUGACAAAUUCGCUGAUUGCUCACCCCGCCGUGCGCAAGGUUAACUUCACCGGUAGCACCAUGGUCGGCUCGAUUAUCGCAUCCACGGCGGGUAAAUAUAUUAAGCCUGUGCUUCUUGAGCUAGGUGGCAAGGCAUCAGCCAUUGUGCUGGAUGACGCGGAGUUGGAUAAGGCCGCGAUGAACUGCGCCGUUGGAUCGUUCAUGCACUCCGGUCAAAUCUGCAUGUCAACCGAGCGCAUCGUAGUCCAGCGCGGCAUCGCCGACGAAUUUAAGAUCAAACUCGCCGAAACAGCCGAGAAGCUUUUCGGCAAACAAGCACCCGCCCUGUGUCUCGUCAACGCCGCGGCCGUCGCAAAGAACAAGCGACUCGUCUCGGACGCCGUCUCUCGCGGCGCGAACGUUCUGUUCGGUGACGCCAAUGCCAACGAGGCCCUCAGCACCAACAUGCGGCCCGUCAUCGUCGCCGACGUCAGCAAGGAAAUGGACCUGUAUGCGACCGAAUCAUUCGGACCGACUGUCUCGCUGAUGGUCGUCGACACCGAGGAAGAAGCCGUGGCACUCGCCAACGACACCGAGUACGGCCUCACAGCUGCCGUCUUCACAGCCAACCUGUUCCGCGGGUUGCGCGUCGCAAAGCAAAUCGAGUCUGGUGCCGUCCACAUCAACGCGCUAACCGUUCACGACGAACCUGUGUUGCCCCACGGUGGAUGGAAGAGCAGUGGCUUCGGUCGCUUUGGUGGCGUUGGGGGUUAUGAUGAGUUCCUGCAGACCAAGACCGUGACUUGGACCGAGUAA